AUGCAUCUGACGACGUUGGACGGCGAAGAAGACCUUCGGAUUCACAACAUAUCCAUUCUUCCUUCCGACCAGUGCGCCAAUGAAGAUCAGCGGGUGAGCCCCAUUAUCGCUUAUCACAAGGGUUACUGCAAAAAGAAAAGACUUCCAAUCUUGGUGAUCCUCUGAAUUUCUUCGCUCUGUGACAAUCUAGCGAUGAAUAUUGAGUAAAACUUCUUCCAGGCAUCAAAAUGCUGCUGCGGCGAUGGAUUCUUCUAUGACUUUCCACGCAAACGAUGUGAAGUUCGUCUCUUCUUCUCUUUUCGCUAGUUUUUGUUAUACUUCAUAAAAUGAGCCCAUACGUGAGCUAGGUCACUUUUUGAAAGUGACGUCAUGGCGCAGGAUCCUCGAAAAAACGUCUCACGUUCCGAAAUGUUGAAAAAGUCGACUUUUUUCAAUUUUUCAUCUUCAAAAAAUCGUUUUCGAGAAGCUUUCAAUGAUCAGAACAUUCUUUGAGCGAAUUUUGUCACUGACCGGUGAUUACCGGAAAAUCUGAAAAUGCGAAAUUUUGAUCUUGUUUUUUCGAUAUCUUGUUAGAGCCAAGAUAUCGUUCUGGUUACCAGCUUUCGGCCAAAAGUAAAAGUACUAUUGUCCAAUUUUCCAGAUGUGAAAUGAUGUUUUGAUAUGAAAAUUGAAAAUUUUCCGACGAUUUUAUUUUACCAACGAUAUUCAAAUUUCAAUUUCCAGGCAAGCAUAGAAAUCCUCAAAAAUUUCAAAUAAUGAGAUUUGAAAAUUAUGACCGACAGACCAAUGAAAAUGAACAGACUUGGUUGUGUUCUGUAGAGAGAAUUGGCGGAGAGUUCGCUGGAAAAAGUCCUACGGAAAGUUACUUGGAUCCUUAGGUGGCUGCAAACGUGGGCUUCAUGUUUGGACGGCUAAACAACAGCUGGUCGCACAUGGCCGUCUACGGUUUCGCGUAUCCGAUGCUGCUGUUGAUGUUGGUGGCGCCGCUGUGUGCCGUCAUGCUCGGCAUGGGCAAACGUGAGAAGCGCGAAGGAGAUCGUCGCUUUGUAUGUCGAAUUUUCAAUAAUAAUUUAUGGGCAGAUCAGUAUGAACCAUAACUAUUUCACUUGGGUCUAGAGUUAAAGAGAAUAAAUUAUACAACAUUGAGUGGCUCAAUUCUUGUAGGGAAAAAUUCGAAGUAUUUGGAUAAUGGUAGAUUGGCCUGUCAAAUUUUAUUUUUGAAGAUGACUGAACUGGAAUUCGAAAUUUGGUUAGUUUUAAAAAACUUCUUCGGAAGUAGCUAACAAUCAUUUACUCAUCAUUCCAGUUAUUUCAGAAUUUUGAGUGCCGAACAAUUGAAAACGCUAAACGUGGUAUGUUUAUAUGAGAAAUCAAACUGAAAAGCUUAAAAAAGAUAUUUCAGUGAAUAUCAAGAGAGAAAAGAGAAGUUUCCAAAAAGGUUUUUUAAAAUUCCUUACUAGAGGCGCUUGAAUUUUUUUCGUUCAAAGGUUUUUUUGUAGGAAGCUAAAAACGGGCUGAAACAAACAUGAAAAAUUUCAGAAGAAAAACGAUAGAUAACAUUGAAAAAAAUUUUUUUCUGGAAAUGAAUUAAAGAGCAUUUAAAAAAAGACUUUGGAAAUUAUUCACAUUAAUAUUUUUUUCAGACCCUUUAAAAAAAUUGGACUCUCUAUGGUACUCGAAUGAGCCGGAAAGGUUGAAAAACCAAGAUGUUUUUGCCAUAUUUACGUAGAAAUUCUUGAAAUAUCUUACCGUACUCCGUGUGAGGACUCUAGAGUUGCAGCCGAAUCCUCUCUACCAAAUGAUCUGGUUGCUGACUUUCUGCGGCUGGGCCAGCGUCCUCUCUCCGUUGCCUUUCACUGUUUGGUACUAUUUCAUAGGAGAAGGCACCAGGUUAGUUCCCGCUUUGCUUUCCUUCAAGAUGUCAGAACUACAGGUCUCUGAACCAAUCAGUUGUUAUGUGCCACUUGUUCCGAACCACGAUGGAAGCCAUUCCCCACAUGACAGAUACCAUGAUGACUCUUUUCAGUGUUCUUUUAGCCGCGGCUCGGUGAGUUCUCAUGUUUUUUUUCUUUAUCGGUUUUUUUUUUGAGAUUUCUAACACAGUACCACCGUAACACCUUGAAACUGCGGACGGUUGAGCGUUUUUCGAGAGCGAUUUGGAUCAUUAUUUUCGUUUGUGUGGCACUAGCGAUCCUGCGAUUCUUCGAGCACGACACCAGCGUCUACCAGUUUUGUAUGGGUUCGUGGCUGUUCUAGCUUUGGACUAAUUCUUGAUAUUAACAUCCAUAUUUGAGUUGUAUCUUUGAGAUCUGAUGGGUUGAGUUUAGAUAUAUUAAAAACGGGAAAUUUUCAAUGUUCUGUUUUGAGGUUGGAAUUUCUUAAAGCCUUUUUUUUUGGUUAUUCGAAAGAAGAUCUGCGAUAACAUCGAUUUUACUACUCGUUAGCUUGUUUUCUUUUGAAAUUUAGUUAAUAAUCCGUUCACAAACUGAUAUUUUCUUUUGUCGAUAAUGAGCACAAAAAAUUUCACAUCAAGAAUACUCGGAUCUAAAAUAAUAAUGGACUUGAAAACUGAAAAAGAAAGGAAUUUUUUUGGAAGAAUUUAUAAGAAACAGAGAUAAAAUUUACAGCUGUUGGGCAAAACAUCUUCAGAUUUUUUAUUACUUUGGAAUAAAUUUUAAAAAAAUAUUUCAAUUUUUGCCACCGAAUCUGCGCGAAGUGAAUGAUAUGAAGAAGUAGAAAAAGUGCGACAAAAAUAUAGGAAAAGUUAAAAGAGAGUUAUCAAUAAGAAGUGUGAAAAAUGUUAUGUCAAAUGUGAGGUUUUGGCAAACAGUGUUUUGAAGAAAAACAGGAUAUAAUUCUUGCUGUUCCGCAGUUUUUGGUGUUUUUGGGGAAAAAGAGCUUGGUUAAUUGUGUUCUAGAGAUUUCCUUGGUAAGAGAUUGACAAAUUUUGCAACUUUUUUUGUCUUUGAUUGAUUAUAGUUUUAACGUGAUUGAACCCUUUUGAAAAAAAAAAAUGUUGAUGAGAGCUCUGCAGUCUUUGAAUAUGUGUGUUUGAACUCUGAGAACAUCUCCUUCAUAGAUACGGAGCCGACUCCUCGCUGGGCAGGAAGGUGUAUGGUUCGAGAUGGAGCUCUCAUUAACAUCGUCAACCGUUCGUUUUGGAAGGUUUCGCUCUUUUACAACUUUUCUCUUUUUUAACAGGCUUCUCAGGUUUUUCUGCCGUUAGCCGACUUCGUCGUGCAGUUUUUGAUACCGGGCUUUCUUCUAGCCUUGCUGCACGUAGGAUUCAUACGAGAGCCAGAGAUCGACAUGGGAGGACUUACUAAACAGUAUUUAGCAUCUUUUUGAGGAGAAAUAGUUUAAUUAUCUUAGCAACCGGUUUGGAAGGACGCCUAGGGACCAAACUCGAAUCCUCAUUACGACUGUUACGAUCAGCUUCCUAGUGGUGCAGGUGCCGACAGCGUUCAUCACCACCUUGUCGCUCACUAUCAACCAUUUCCAAAACAACAGCGCCUGUAGGUGUCGUUCAUUUUACGGAACGCAAAUCUGGGUUCAGUGAUUAUGUUGGCGUUGGUUUCUGGUCACAUGCAGCCACUUCUUUCGAUCAUCACGAUGGCCGCCAAUUGUGCCGCCCUUCUGACCGCCUACUACGUCAUUGUGAAAGUCAGCGAUUUUGUGCAGAACUGAGGAAGACGUUUAAAUGACAGGACGAUGAUGAAGACGUGGGCGACUCACGGACAUCGAUCAGCGACAUCGACGGACAGAACGAGAUGCUUCUCCGAGCUCAGCAGCAGCAGCGCCGUGGUACCAGGCAAGUCUGGAACAACAUCCGCAGGUACGAGUCACGCAAAAUCACCAUUUGCCGUCCACUAACGCUUUGUUUUCGCUUUUUCUGCCCUUCAGCUCUUGAGGCGGCUUAACUUACAGUGAGUUUUGAUUUGGAGAAAACAUCAGGGAGUAAACUUUUUUUUAUCAGUUUGUUUAUACGAAUUGUUCCCAAGGACGGCAUUCGUGUGUUUUUUGUGCAUGUGCUCUAACUUGCGGUGAUUUCUCUUUGAAAUGCACGAUCAUUGUUGAAUGCGCUGGCAGAGUUCUGCCGCGCAGUUGGAAACAGCUUCGAUUAACAAGUUAUAUCAUUUUUGUCUGGCAUCUUUGAUCUGUUAACAUUCACUCGAUUUCAAAACUCCCAUGUCAUUAGUUCUUUCAACAGCGGAGCUUUUUAGAAUAUCGCGUACCUACCUAAGCGUGAGCCACUCUUUCGACACCGGCUCAUUACGCUCUUUUUCGCGAAAAAGUUCCACUGUUCCUGACGACGUCCUGUGA